AUCACGCACUGAGAGAGCUUGCGAUACCCCUGCCGGCAAAGUUCAAUCGCGCUUACCCGGUCUUACAAAAUUCGCGAAUCGAAAGCGCGAUCCCGAACAAUUUCCAAUUCAACUAGAAAAUAAAACAUCGUCAAAUUUAUCAAUUCAUAAGCAAGCUCUGCAUUGCAAUGGAAAUGUGCUUGAUGCAUCCGCGGAACAAUUGUUUGAUGAAGUCGAUGAAGUUAAUGCAAACAUGCCAAUUCAAUUGAAAAACAAGGCAUCAUCAUCAAAUUCAUUGAUUAAUAAGCAAGAAUCUGAACCGUACGAACGAUUUGUCAUCCAUAAACUUAUAAGUUUAGAAUUAAAACUAAACUCUAUAGAAAGAUGUCAAAAACUUAUUCUAAAGAAAAUUUCAAUCGACACUUUUGAAGCCAAAGAAAAAGAAACAAUAGAUAUCUAUCAAGAUUUACCGUUAAAAACUGAAACUGAUUUACAAUCAAUGGAAAACAAAUUAAAUAAUGAUUCAUUAUAUCGAAAUGAAAUGGUUAAACAAUUAGUCCAUGUUACAUGCCAGGAUCUGAGGACUUCUUGUAUACGUCUUAUGAAAAUAAUUUUUGCAAAUGAACUGGCCGUAAAUUAUAGUUGGUACGGAGCAAAAAAGAAAGAAAAUUUUUCCAAAUUGCACAUAUGCAAAGUUAUUAUGAGUGCAGUAAGAAAAUUGCACAUUAAUGCUACAGAUGAACAGAUUUCAGCUCCAAUAAAAAUAUGGUUGGCUCAUGCCAAAGAGCGUAUGCAGAGACAAACAUUGAAUAGUGAAAAGGAUUAAACUAGUACUUCGUUGAGUUUUUCUUGUCUUUUCUUGAAUCUUUAUAAUUUAUAAUUUGUUUUGAGUUAUUGUUGAUAACGUUUAUAAUGAUGA